UUGAGUUUGCUGUAGUCAUGCAGGCACACGAGCUGUUGAAGCAGCUGCGAAUCCCUGAGCUCUCCGAGGUGAGGGACUAUUUCCGCGGCCUCUCCACAAACACCCUCGGCAUGGGCGCGUUCACCGCCGCCACCGCGUACUGGUACGCCACCAGACCCAAGGCCCUCAAAGCCCCCUGUGACCUGCGCAUGCAGUCAGUGGAGCUGCCGGGAGGAGAGUUCGCUCGCCGAGGGGCAUCGUUAAACGGAGCCCCGCUCUUGAACUUUUUCUACGAGGAUGCCAAGACCAUGUACGAGUGCUUUCACAGGGGUCUGAGGGAGUCAAAAAACGGGCCCUGCCUGGGAUCCAGAAAACCAAAGCAGCCGUAUGAAUGGCUUUCGUACUCAGAGGUGAUGGAGCGAGCGGAGAAUCUGGGAUCAGCGUUUUUGCACAAAGGACACUCGAAAGACGGAGACCCCUACAUCGGCAUAUUCUCUCAGAACAGACCAGAGUGGACGAUUUCGGAGCUGGCCUGCUACACAUACUCUCUGAUAUCAGUUCCUCUGUACGACACCUUGGGCACAGAAGCAAUAAGCUACAUCCUCGACAAAACCUGCAUCUCUACGGUCGUAUGUGACGUGCCCGAGAAGGUCAAGCUGCUGCUGGAUUGCGUCUCGGGUCGGCAGCACUCAAUCAAAACCCUGAUCCUCAUCGAAAACUUCGACGCCGAUUUGGUUAGCAGAGCGCAGCAGUGCGGCAUCGACGUCAUCGGCCUGAGAGACGCAGAGAAUGUCGGCAAGGCUCAUCGAAAGCAUCCUGUGCCCCCUCAGCCUGAUGACUUGGCUAUUAUUUGUUUUACAAGUGGUACCACAGGAAACCCUAAAGGAGCGAUGCUCACCCACAGAAACAUAGUGUCUAAUAUAUCUGCCUUCAUCUAUAUCACAAAGCCCACCUGUCCCAUCGGCCCUCAGGACGCGCACAUCUCUUACCUGCCCCUGGCGCACAUGUUUGAGAGAGUCGUAGAGGGAGUGACUCUGGUGCACGGCGCACGCAUCGGAUACUUCCAGGGGGACAUCCGCAUGCUGAUGGAAGACCUCACGACCCUGAAGCCCACCAUAUUCCCUGUGGUUCCUCGUCUGCUGAACCGCAUGUUUGACAAGAUCUACGGUCAGGCCAACAGUCCCCUGAAGAGACGCAUCCUGGAGUUUGCCUUCAGGAGGAAAGAGAACGAGAUGAAGAGCGGGAUCAUGAGGAGGGACAGCGUGUGGGACAAGAUCAUCUUCAAGAAAGUCCAGGCCAGUGUUGGAGGAAACGUCCGGAUGAUGGUGACCGGAGCGGCUCCCAUUUCAGCUCCUGUUCUCACCUUCCUGCGAGCUGCGCUGGGCUGCCAUUUUUACGAAGGAUACGGUCAGACCGAAUGCACCGCCGGCAGCACAACUACAGUACCAGGAGACUGGACUGCAGGUCAUGUUGGAGCUCCUCUGCCCUGUAAUGACAUCAAAUUAGUGGAUGUGGCCGAGAUGAACUAUUACGCAGCUAAAGGCGAGGGAGAGGUGUGUGUGAGGGGUCCUAAUGUUUUUAAGGGGUAUCUGAAAGACCCCGAGAAGACGAAGGAGACUCUUGAUGAAGAUGGUUGGGUUCACACAGGAGACAUUGGCAGGUGGCUGCCGAAUGGCACUCUGAAGCUUGUGGACCGUAAGAAGCACAUUUUUAAGCUGGCUCAGGGUGAAUACAUCGCUCCAGAGAAGAUCGAGAACAUUUACAUCAGGAGUGAAGCCGUGGCGCAGGCUUUCGUUCAUGGAGACAGUCUGCAGGCUUGUCUGGUAGCCAUCAUCGUGCCUGAUCCGGACUUUCUGCCCGGCUGGGCCAAGAAGAGAGGCAUGGAGGGCUCGUACGAAGAACUGUGCAAAAAAAAGGAAGUGAAGAAAGCCAUUCUGGAAGAUAUUGUCAAACUGGGUAAAGAAAGUGGCCUGAAGUCUUUUGAACAGGUAAAGGACAUUGCUCUUCACACCGAGAUGUUCUCCAUCCAAAACGGCCUCCUGACUCCCACCCUGAAAGCCAAACGCACUGACCUCAGGAACUGCUUCAGGAAACAGAUCGAUGAGCUUUACUCUAACAUCAAAAUGUAAAGUGCCUCAGAUAUGUUGGAGUGACAGAGCUGAUCUGGGUCUCGUGACUGAAAAGAGCUGGUUCAAAACAAGAGAGAGCUUGUUAUAUAUGCAUUUCAGAAUAAGAUUAUAUACCUUAGAUCAGCUGUUACUCGAAGCUUCAUCACCCGACUUUAAAGAUUCCACCUCAGGAAAACGUCCCUACAUUUUGACACCGUAAUUUUUUUGCUUUUGACUAUUUUAGGAGAAAGGGAAGAGAAAUCCACAAGCACAAACAACCUAAUGCUGUUAUUGAGGACAGAAUAAGCUUCCUCUUUUAUUUAAAAGCAAUUUUUACUAAUGAGAUGAUGUAGAUAACCAAACAUGCCAUUCUGCUUAAAUUUGCUGAAGAUGUACUCACCCUCACUCCAAGAUGCAGAUGAGUUUGUUUCUUCAUAAGAACAGAUUUGGCGAAAUGUAGUAUUACAUCACUUGCUCACCAAUGGAUCCUCUGAAGCGAAUGGGUGCCGUCGGAAUGAGAGUCCAACCAGAGACAGAUGUGGAACGCACAUUUUCAGAGGAGAAUAACUGUAGCAUUGUUUUUCAGAUAAACAGGUAUGUUAGCUUAGCAUGUUUCUCAUAUAUUAUGGUAUUUUUGUGCUUUAGUAGUCAAAAACUGCAACACCUUUAAUGAGCUGUAGUGGUGUGGAUUAUUUAUUGAGAUCAGCUUUUAGCUAUUUGGACUCUGACGGCACCCAGUCACUUCAGAGGAUCCAUUGGUAAGUAAGUGACGCAUUGCUGCAUUUCUCCAACUCCGUUCUUAUGAAGAAACAAACUCAUCUACAUCUCGGAUGACUUGACACCAUUUUAAGCAAACUAUUCCUUUAAUACAGCAAGCCUUCAUUUUUAAGUUUGUGGCCUUUCUAGUAAAUGUUUUUUUUUUUUUUUUUUUAACCACUGCUUCAGCGGCAGUACAGUAGCUAUAUCGUGUAAUGAUCUCACAUCGUGUAUGUGCGUGUUUGGGAAAUACUGUGUACAGUCUCAGGGAAAAAUGUGCCUUAUUAAUGGUCAUCAGCUGCAUCGAGUGUUGAUGAGACAGGAAAACGCACACAUGCGACAAAAAAAGCCAAUAAUUUUGUACUGUACCUCACAAUCAGCAUGAAGGGUGAAGCACACAGUCCAUGUUAGAUGGAGAGUGAGAAAUAUUUCAUGAUUUUGUCUUCCAGUAGACGGUUUUAUGUCCUGAAGCCUUUAAAAAACUGUGUAUCUGUUAUUAAAGGAACACUAGCAAAGCCGAUUGUUGUUCAGCAUUACAUCUUCAAUGUAAUUCUAUAUAUAUAUAUAUAUAUAUAUAUAUAUAUAUAUAUAUAUAUAUAUAUAUAUAUAUAUAUAUAGAACUUAUUCUAAAGCAGCUUUACAAAGAAUAGUGCCUUACAAAAUGUGUGCAAACGAUACAUAAAUCGAUUUGCUCUAAUUAGCUUUGCCUGUGUUUCAUUAAAAAUGUCCGUUGAGUUUAAACACAUUGUGAUCUACAGUGUGUACCUAUGUAAGCCAUAUGCUGUCUAUACGAUGCUUUCCUCAUCUUUAAUGUUGACUUUAAGACGGCUUACGUCCUCAUCUAAUUUUGUUGGCUAUUUAUGUGAAGGCAGAUGUUUUCAGGUGUAAUAUUACAGGUGUGACAUGUCUCGUAUCAUUAUGCUGUAACAGCAUUGCAGAAUACAGGAGCUUUCCACAUGUGUCCUUAUGUUUCAUCGAUGGUUGCUGCUUCAUGUUCAUUGUAAUCGUGUGUUUAUUAUUGUUUUCAUCGUUUGUUUUAUUAAAGCUUUAUCUCGAGUGUGAAAUGACCUGUAGAUAAACCAAAGCAACUGAAAAAUUUAAGUGCACUCUUCAAAUGACUCAGCUGUACUAAAACACCUUAUCGUGAUAAUAAUGAUAAAUGUAUGUUUUCCAUGUAAGAGAUGUACAUGAUUCAAAUUAAAUAUGAUUUAUGAACGACGAA